AUGAAUGUGAGAAUAUGGAGCAGUGUUUUCUCCCUGAGUCUGACUCAGCUUUGGAGUCGCAUCACUGGAGUGAUCCCAUCCUGGGCCAGCAAGAUUGGGGAAGAAGUGAACCAGACAGACACAGAUGACAAAUCAUCAACGUCAGACACACUUCAGGCCAGCCCUAAGACUGACUUGGCAAAAAAGCUGAGCAUCUUUCUGUCCAGCCGCCCCAUUAUCAGCCAAGUGUUCAACUUCCUUAGAGGCUUCCACCUGCACAGGAACUACAGUGAGAACUGUGACUUCACCACAUGGAAAGACACACAUCCAGAUGCCUUCCCAAACUCCCUGACACCAGCAGACGCCACACUUGGCCUGGUGGAUACUGCUUUUGUCAUCAAGUCAGGAUUCCCUCCUGUGUUACGCUGUAACAGACGCGCGGACGUCAUUCUGUCCCUGAACUACGCUUGGGACCCGGACCACUUCAAGGUCAUUAAGCAAACUCAGGAGUACUGCGCUGAACGCAAGAUUCUUUUUCCAAAGAUCGAUUAUAAGAAGCUGGAGUCCGAGCCGAUUAGGGAAGUUUAUGUGUUUGAGGAUAAAGAGAAUCCAGAUGUUCCCAUAGUGAUCCACUUUCCCUUGGUCAAUGUCUCAUUCAAGCAGUUCAAGUCUCCUGGAGUGAAGAGAGGGGGUAAGGCGGAGCUGGAGGAAGGAGAUUUUGAUAUUGACUUCACUAGUAUGUUCUGUCCAUUCGCCACUCACAACCUAACAUACCAACCUGAGGAUUUCCAGAAGCUGACCAACCUCACCACCUACAACAUUCUGAACAACACGGAUGUCAUUUUAAACGCGCUGAAUAAAGCACUGAAGAGAAACAUGGAGAGAAUUCCUGUCACAAAGGUGUCAAAAUUCUGAUUUGAUGUUGAGAAGAGAAGUUAAAGCUGACAGCAGGAGCAACUGGAGAGUGAUUUUUGUCUAUUUUACUUCACCCAAAAAUGUCAUUGUUCAUCACCCUCAUAUUGUUCCAAAACUGAUCAGAUCAGUGUUAAUACAAUCUACUCUUAAAAACAAAAGUGAGGGGGACCAGGAACUGUCAAGCUCACUAAAUGACAUACUGCAUAAUACAAAAGUCCAUAACAGUAGUCCAAAUGAUGCCAUACUUGCCACUUCCAAGUGUUUUGAAGUCAUAAGAUAGCUUUGUCUGAAGGACAG